AAUUCACGAUCAAGGAACGAUUUCACAUAAACCUUCCUCUUAAAAUCCCUAGCGUCCGUCCACUGGUCUGCGAUCUUCGAAUCUGAUUUUUGGGAAUCAAAGUACUAUAAUGGGUUUGACGAAUUUCAUACUGACGGUGGCCGGAGUAGGCGCCGUUGUGAUGCUAUUGAAGGGCGACGUGAAGCAAUCUGCCACCGUAUUGAGGCGCAACGUCAAGCACAUCCGCAACUGGCUCGAAGAGGAAUCUUCCGCCGCCUCCAAGGCAGCGCAGUCAGCAAAACCAAAGGAAAUUGAAACCAAGGUUCCGGAGAAGGAUGUUCCAAAAGACAAGAAUUAGUUUGUGUGUGUGUGUAGUGCUUUUCUGUAUACAUACACGAAGGCUUUUUCUGUUUUGUGAAGAGUUGUGGAUGUAUGACUCCAGUUUCAACACUACUUAGCUGUGAAUUUUUGUUUUGGUUUGUCAGUCUCCAUCUCUCACAUCUUAGCGCUUGACCACUGUUGGAAGUGAAUGAAACACAAUAAUAUCCAUUAUACUUCUUGUAACUCACAUUUUCCAAGGGAUUAUUUCUUUAUAUAUAUCUGAAAUUUGAUUGAACAUGUA